UCCACUUCACUGUUUUUUAUUUCCCAUCAUGACAAAAUCAUUGUUCUUCAUUUUAAUCAUCGUUCUUCUUUCAUCAUCUUCUGAAUCUCGUUACCUUCCUCAAUUUCUCAGCAAACUCAAAACACAAAACAAUAUAAACCAACCAAUACAAAACUAUACUUAUGAUAUAAAAUAUUUUCAACAGACUCUUGAUCAUUUUAGCUUCAAUGAUGAUCUUCCUAGCUUUCAACAACGUUAUCUUAUCAACACUGAUCAUUGGGUUGGCCCAUCUCGAAUGGGCCCAAUAUUUAUGUAUUGUGGUAAUGAAGGCGAUAUCGAAUGGUUUGCUGUUAACUCUGGUUUUGUUUGGGAAAUUGCUCCUCGUUUCGGUGCCAUGGUCAUCUUUCCUGAACAUCGAUAUUAUGGUGAAUCAAUGCCUUAUGGGGGUCGAGAUGAGGCAUAUAAGAAUGCUUCAACUUUAGCACAUUUAACAGCUGAACAAGCACUUGCAGAUUUUGCUGUUUUGAUAACUGAUUUGAAAAGAAAUUUGUCAGCACAAGCUUCUCCGGUGAUCUUGUUUGGCGGAUCAUAUGGUGGAAUGUUGGCAGCAUGGAUGAGACUCAAGUAUCCUCAUAUAGCUAUAGGUGCACUUGCUGCUUCAGCACCAAUUCUUCAGUUUGAGGAUAUCGUGCCACUAGAAACAUUUUAUGAUAUUGUCUCUAAUGAUUUUAGACGAGAAAGCACAAGUUGUUUUGAUACUAUAAAGAAAUCUUGGGAUAUAAUAACUUCGGUUGGUCAGAGUGCAAGCGGUCUAGAUCAUCUUGCCAAGAAUUUCCACAUUUGCGGGAAACUAAAGAGUAGUGACGAUCUUUAUAAUUGGUUGGAAUCAGCAUAUAGUUUUUUGGCAAUGGUUGACUACCCAUACCCAUCAGACUUUCUAAUGCCUUUACCUGCUUACCCAAUAAAAGAGGUUUGCAGAGAGAUAGAUAAUGCUCCCGAUGGGAGUAGCAUUUUGGACCGUAUCUUUAAGGGUGUUAGUGUCUACUACAAUUACACUGGAACAGCCGACUGCUUUGAUUUGAAUGAUGACCCUCAUGGCAUGAGUGGUUGGGAUUGGCAGGCGUGCACUGAAAUGGUUAUGCCAAUGUCUAGUAACAAAAACUCUAGCAUGUUUCCAAAAUGGGAUUAUAACUACACUUCUUAUGCAGAGGAGUGCUGGGAUGAAUUCCGUGUGAUACCUAGGCCUACUUGGAUAACUACAGAGUUCGGUGGACAUAAUUACAAGUCUGUCCUGAAAACAUUUGGAAGCAACAUCAUCUUUUCAAAUGGUCUCUUGGAUCCUUGGAGUGGUGGCAGUGUAUUAGAGAACAUAUCAGAUAGUGUAGUGGCUCUUGUCACAGAAAAAGGUGCGCAUCACUUAGAUCUACGAGCAGCUACUACUAUGGAUCCAGAUUGGUUGGUGGAGCAAAGGGCGUCUGAAGUGAAGCUCAUUGAGGGUUGGAUUGUUGAUUACAAGCAGCGAAUGAAAUCAUUUUUCAGCAUCUAAUAGUGAGUAUAUAAGUGUAUAGCUGCUAACAGAACUGCCAUUCCACAUAUCGAUUGUAUAAGCUACUUUUCAGAUUAUUAUACUUGCUGUCAUUCCAAAAUAUGCGAAUGGUUGAUCAGUUUUAGAGUUUUAGUGAAUAAAGUUACUUGGUAACUUACAGAUUAAUACAACAACUGUGUUCUCAUAA